AUGGCAGGCUACAUUGACUACUCCAAGACGACCAAGUCCAAGGGCUACCGGGGCUCUGGGUCAUUUGCGACGUUUAUGAUUAUCGGGCCGACGUGCUUCUUCCUCGGCAUCCUGUUCGCGUCGUUCCCGUACGACUUCCCGCUGCUGUGGUCCAAGGCGCCCGUGUCGGCCGACUACUACGACCAGCUCGAGACGCACCUCAAGUGGAUGCACCAGAGCCCGCCGCUCAUCGGGCGCAUCCUCAACAUCAUGGUGACGGUGGGCUUCGGCGGGCUCUUCAUCAAGCUGUUCCGCCCGAGCGAGGCCAACUUCCUCUUCGACGGCGCCUCGCUCAUCCUCUACACCAUCGGCGUCGCCGUCUACGUGUCCAACAUCGUCAAGGGCCUGCGCGCCGUCAGCUCCGGGCUCUGGCACAGCGACGAGUUCAAGAACACCAAGCCCCGCUUCGAGGGCGAGUUCAUCCUCGGCCGCGAGGACAGCCUCAAGGUCCUGGCCGCCAGCAACACCAUCCUCGCGCUCGUCCUCAUCGGCGUCCUCGUCCUCCAGGCCGGGCAGUGGUACGCCGAGAAGCGCGACUCGGACGACGAGGCCGCGGCCGAGGCGGCGGAGAAGAGGGAGCCGUCGCCCGGCACCAAGGCCGCGUCCAAGAAGAAGCAGUAA